CGCUCGUCUGCGCAAAGCGUCACAUACCAAGACGCAAGCAUGGUGGCAGCCACGUCGUGCUCGUCGGCCCACGCCGUCUUGUCGAACCCGUGCCUUCUUUCCUGCAUGACGCAGUACCAAGACGGGCUCUACCAAUGCCUCCUCGCCUUCCAGGCGUCGUUUCGACUCAUCGAACGGCCCCUCCGAAAAGGCCAGUUCCGGCGCGAGGCCCUUUUGCUUGGCACCGAUGAGCUCUGCGCCGCGUUCGAGGGUCUUUCACGGGCGUCUCAAAACGAACUGGAGCUGGCCGACCUCGGUCUCUCGAUCGCCAACCUCAAGGCGCAUCGCUCGACGACGCUCUUGGUCGCGUGCAUGGCAGCGGCCCUCGGCGACGUGCCUCGUCUUAAGCGCUACCAUCAGUGCACGCCGCUGCCAGCGCGCGCCCUCGUGUCUGCAGCCAAGUUUGGUCACGAUGCCGUCAUCCAGUUUCUCAUCUCGGCCAUCGAUGUCUCGUCCGUGGUGCAUGAAGCCUUUUGCAUGGCUGCGCGGGAAGGUCAUUUGUCUCUUCUCACCCGCUGGGCGCACCACGUAGCAUUGGACACGACCAUCCGCGACGCGAUCCGGCAGGCGGCGGCGCGCGGGCAUCAACAUGUGGUUUUUUACCUCCUCCGUCUACCGGGCGCGGACCUUGCGGCGCGGCAUGCCAUCAAGGCAGCCAUCAUGGACCGCCAUAUCGAUCUGGUCUAUGCGCUGGCGGCUGCGUUCCCGGCCGUUGUCACCAACUCGAUGCUCAACAAGGCGGUCGUGUGCCAUGACGUGGCGCUCUUGCAGCACCUCAUGGCAACCUACGACGUCCAUCCGACGGCGGGCGUGUGGCACUAUGUCGGUCUUCGCCCGCACUUGGCGACAUUGCACUUUCUACAGGCGCUCCAUGUGCCGGGCGCGUCCAACGCGACUUUUGAUCGCGCCGCAGCGCUCGGGUCACUCGAGAUCCUCGCAUUUCUCCAUGCGUCGUACGGACUCGAAGGCACCGUCGACGCCAUGACCCUCGCGGCCAGCGCUGGCAACCUCGACGUUGUCGCCUACCUGCACGAGCACCAUCCACAUGUGGGGUGCACGACCGAUGCAAUGGACCAAGCCGCCGACCAUGGCCACCUUCCUGUGGUGCAGUAUCUGCACACCCAUCGGUGCGAAGGCGCGUCACUCUUUGCCAUCGAUGGCGCGGUGGCCAGCGGACAUUUAGAUGUGGUCCGCUUCCUCUGUGACGCGCGGUCCGAAGGGUUCUCGCAACGUGCGCUGCCCGUGGCGCGACUCUACGGCUACGAUGCUAUUGUGUCGGUGCUAGAAGCCCAUCAAGCGCGUCUCGAGAAGGUCGACGAUCGGCCGAUGGGUCCAUGGGUCGGCUACGCAGUCUACGGCAUCGAGUUUUAAGCGAAUUGAUUUUGGCCUUGUACGAUGCUCAAGUACAUGUAGUACUCGAUGGACCGCGAGCCAUUGAGCGGGUUCGGGUCGACUUGGCUCAAAGCAAGAGGACAAUGGAGCCGCCUGUCGACGCACCGCGUCUCACUGAACCGCCACAACUCAAUUUACGCCUAUAAGAAUACCACUUUCUGAUUGCUG